AUUCAGCAGUGUGAUCGAUCGUGCAGCACCCCGACCGCAGAUGUCCUCGAAACAGAUCUCACCCCUCUUACGAACAUGGUAUAAGUGGAAAGCCCUCCGCCUACCAUGGCGGAAGAGGUUUCUAGUUGGCCUCGACCUCCAAGGAAACACCUACUGGGAAUUCCGCGAUGUCCGAGGUGACCCCCGCCCCGGCGAACCCGUCCGCUGGCGCCGCAUUGUGCAGUACCCACGCGACACCCACUACGGCGAGGUCAAGGUGUCGCCCCAGUGGCACCAGUGGCUGCGCAACAUGCGCGAGAGGCCGCCUACGCUCCAGGAGCAACAUCAUGAGGCAAGACGGCAGGCCCAGAUGAAGUACCUGGCCGCCGAGGCCGACGCGCGGUGGGAGGCUAAGCCGAGGGUGAUGGACGCGCCGGCGGGAGAGCAGCAGCAGCAGCAGCAGCAACAACCCGUAGCGGCUCUAGAGAGCAGGACCGCGCAGACUGCACCGGAUGGGCGCAAGGAGGAUCCGUGGAAGAAGCAUCGUCGGGCUGGACCAAGUGAAGACUGGCAACCGCAAGGCUGGACACCACCGGCAUCGAAACGGUGACACGUAUGAAAGACGUAUCAAGUCAUGAUCAUCAUCAAUAAUAAUAUGAAUCCUAGCAAUGGUAUCAUCAAUUUUCCAAAGGACCACCCAUAACGCCACUUUUGAAUCUGACCAGAGCCAACCUGCUACCGAGGCUCUUGCAUAAGAGACGCUGCGAGCGUCGCCCGUACAUAAUGCAUAUCCUCUAGCCAUCUACGUGGCUCAAUCUCUAGCAAUGACAUGAUUGUUGGUGAUUACACACACGCUCGCAAUAAGAGUGUGUCAAAUCGUCUCACGUGCUAUGCAUUGCUUGCACCCUCAGGAGGUGAGCCAAUGCCAAAAUGCGUGCCUCGGAAGCGUGGAGGAUCUCUCUUGCAACCCUCUCGCCAUCUGGCUUGCGGCUGUUCUUCUUCGGCUCAGACUUGUCCCGCCGAGCCUGGACGCCCGUCUCCACAGCUUGUUGCAGCGAUUCCGUCCACCUCAAGACUCCACCCUUCCACAGGAUCCGGAAGAGUGUCUCGAUUGCCAGGGACAGCUUGGCAUUGUUGGCCGCAGUUCUGUACGCGAAGGGCAUGUAACACUUUUCCAGGAUGCGGACACUGAUCGAUUCUUUUUCAUCCGCCUCUGGGUCCACGUGGUAAGAUCUAGGAGCCGAGUUUGGAAGGAGUGCCGGCAUCAGGACGCGGAUGGUUGCAACUAGCGAGAUCACAUCGAGAGCGGAAUCGCGUGGUGCGACAAAGCGCGCAAAGGCUGGUACUGGUAGUUGUUUGAUCCUGUGGGUGAAUUCGCUGUAUAGAUCCGUUAAGUUGAACCUGCAUCUGUCAGGCAUAUCUUCUGCAGCUCGCGACAACAAGGCGAACACACGAAGGCGCAUCCGAACGGUCUCACCCAGCGAUGAGCUUGUCCAUGACACAGACUCGUCGUCGUCGUCCGCCGAUGUCCUCUGGUGGCUAGGAGUUGGUGGUUCGGAG